AUGGAUCGUAAGGAUUUGGACUUAAAUGGGGUGGCACGAUGUUUUACGAAAAAUCAUGUAUUAAUCACUCAUUGCGGCACGGAUUCCGCGUUUUCUGUGUAUCAACAUGCAUUAGCCUCCCACUUUGCAAGAAAUCCAGUGGUAUGGAAAAGAAACAAUAAAGUGUUCCCGCAUCUUCUCACUUUCAAUCUCAAAUUUGUACCAUUCGAUGAAAACUUAUGUUUUGGUCCGCAAAUUAAUCCGGCAGAAGCGCACAAGAUAGCGUAUCUCCAUAUAUUUAAUAUAAGUGUCGGUAAUCUCGAGGAGUACAAAUCAACAGUUCGCCAUAAUGUAUCGGACUGGUUUGCAAAGUUAAAUUCGAAAAAUGACGUUCAAUGGAUAAUCAUAAUAAAUACAUCGAGAAUUCGUGAUAGGAAGACAAAAGCAAGUGUGAUGGAUAAAAUUAGGAGCGAUUUUAGCAAGCAUCACAGCAAGCUGUUUGAACUUCCCGACACCACCGAUCAUAAUGCUUUUACAAGUUUUGUUCAGUCUCUUCAACAAUUCCUAUUCCAUCAUUUGAAUUUGGUCGUUGAAAUUUGGGAUACGUCUCUUAAAACCGCAUAUGAGAAGCGAAAACAGCCAAAUUUUGAUUGUUACAAUUAUUUUGUGUCGAUGGUCGAAUACGGAAGAUUUCAUUGGAGUUUUGGGGCUGUUGAGUUCGCAAUAACUAUAUUUGACGACCUCGAGCAACUUUUCAAUGAAUUUGUUCUUCGUGCUUCUGAGCAUGACUCGCCACGUUGGCUAACUCAAUUGCUCAACAUUCCAGUUCGAAAUCGGCCUGAUAUUUUGGUAUGCAUGGGAAAUCGAGUUGUGGAAAAGGAUCAAGCACACUAUAUUGGCAUGAGAAACUACCUACUUAGUCAGCAAAUUGUGCUUGCCGUGCAUUUGUACCAACAGAAGAUGAAAUCGAAUGAUGCAGCGCCCUCACUUCGGUCAGAUUGUGUGAUUGAAAUACUCAGAAGGGCAUUAAUAAGCAUUGAAUCAGUAAAAGAGUUCAACACACAAUUGAAGAACGAGAAAGAUGAGUCGAAGACAAACUGUUGGAUUUGGUGGACAGUAAACGAGUCGAUCGACAUCUGCAAUUUGCUUUGCGAUGUCUCACACCUCGACCCGGCUGUAUCCCUCUUAUCGCGCUUACAUCUCAACAAAUUCGACGCGGUACAGUCGCUAUUCAAGUUUCUUCGUGUAAUCGAUGAUUUUCAGCUUGACGAAUUUUUGAAAAAGGACGAGUCAAAUGAAUCAAAAACUUUGCUGGCGGCUCUUCGCUCGGUUGAAACAAUGGCAUCGGAAAUGGAAAAAGUCCAUGAUGUGUGUGUACAUGAAAUGCACAAUUCGGCGAGGUAUCGAUGUGCUCUUCACGUCACUCAGAAGCUUUUCGAUUAUUUGAGAAUCGGCCUGAUUUUCUUUAUUAUCCAAUGUGAAAAUGGCGGCGACGAGGCGAUGAAAGAACUAUUCUUCAAAAAAUGCCAGAAUAAAGUUGUCAAAUGGGACCAAAUUUGGCACAAAGAGCUAUUUCUAAUCGAAAUCUCCCGUUUUCAAUCGAUUCAAACAAUCGGAUCGAAUGUUGAAAUGACGUUGAAAAUUGUCUCACAACUUGGAUUUGUUUUGAGCAAUUCACGUGUUGUGCUCCAUUUCGAUUCUUCGCCAAACGCAAAUAUAGGCCAUUCGAACAAAUUGUCCGUUCUCUCGCUGCAACAUGAUAGCAGAGAAAAUGUGUGUCGAUUGGUCUCGGAAUUCAAAAUUAAGAAACAGCCAAGUGUUGACGAAAAUCGCGACGAGAAAUCAACAAAAUUUGAAUUGGCGGCGAAUUUUGACAUUCAGCCAGGAGAGAAUAAUAUUAAAUUCUCCACCGAUAUCAAUGUGAUGGGAUGUUUCGUACUUGAGAAGGUCUCAAUAAUUUCCGAUAAUGGUUGUUUGAGACACGAGUCUUCGAAUAUUUCGUCAAGAUCACCUCCAAUCCUCAUUUGUAUUUCGACUCCACAUUCGAUAUCCGUUAUAAACGACACACAACCAUUUCUGGCCGGUGUUGUGCAGAAAGUGGAAGUUGAGAUCGAGGCGAAGAAUGACAUUCUCAGCGAGACGAACCUUCAAUUCCUGCCCAGUCCUCCACAUCUACAGUUUUUGGUUUAA